AUGCAGCUUCUAGCUACAGCCUAUAAUGUGAUUCAGUUUGGUGCAAAACCAGAUGGCAAAGCUGAUGCAGCACAACCAUUUCUUAAGGCAUGGUCAGCUGCAAGUCCAUCUAAGAAAAAAAUUACGGUUCAGAUAAAUGGAACCCUUGUAGCUCCUACAGAUUAUCGAGCCCUAGGCAACUCGGGCUGCUGGAUUUUGUUCAUUAAGGUUAAUCGAGUUUCUGUCUUUGGUGGCAACCUUGAUGCUGAAGGUGCUGCCUUUUGGGCUUGCGUCCUGUUGGAGCUAGCGUAA